AUGUCGUCGUCGGACUCCUCCUUUGGCUCUUCCUUCUUCUUGGUCUCGGCAGCUGGUGCGGCUCCUCCAGCAGCUGGGGCAGCAGCGGCGGCGGCUGGAGCUGGUCCAGAUCCGGCUCCGGAUGAGACGGAAGUGAUGAGUUUAUACCUUGACAUCGACUCCCUCGAGGGCCUUGGCGAAAAGUCCUGGCCAGUAUGGCUCGAACUCGACGUUGGCGGCCUUGAGAAGGGUGGAGAUCUUCUCGCCGGUGAUGGCGACCUCGUCAUCUUGAAGGAUGAGAGCAGCGUAAACGCAAGCCAGUUCCUGGUUAGAAGCCAUUCUUCACACGUAAGUUGCGGGGUUUGCCUUAGCUCCAAAGAGAACAAACGUCUGAGAGAACGCUGA